AUGGCGUCGAAGGACCAGAAAACGCGCCUCUACCAUCCCUACCAGGACCUCAACGUUCCCAUCCAAAACCUCUACAACCUCCCCACCGCGCCGGACCACCUCUUCCCCGAGGAAGCCGCCAGGACCCACCGCUCCUGGGGCGACAACCUCCAGUACUACACCGGCACCGGCUACCUCUCCGGCGCCCUCAUCGGCGCCGCCAGAGGCACCGCCCAGGGCCUCCGCGAGGCCGAACCCGCUGACUCCCUCAAGCUCCGUCUCAACCGAGUCCUCAACUCGGGGGGCCACGCGGGCCGCAGACUCGGCAACUCGCUCGGCGUCUUGGGCCUCAUCUUCGCGGGCCUCGAGAGCGGGAUGAUCCAUUUUAGAGCCACCGAUGACUUAGUCAACAGCGCCGUCGCCGGACUCGGCACCGGUGCGCUCUACAGGGCCGCCGCUAUUGCCGGCGCCAUCGCGAAUUCUGUGUUUCGUCUUACUGAUCCAAGGUUUCAUGGUAGAUUGAAUAUGAUCUAUAGGUUUCCUGUUUCUCUAGCGAGUCUUCUACUUCAGAAAUGGCUUACAGGUUAG